AUGGAUGAUCCAUUUCGUUAUAAAAAAAAAUUAAAGAUUGAAAAUAAUAAUAAUCAUAAUAAUAAUUAUGACAUUGAAAAAUUAUUUUUUUCUGUUUUUAGAAAUAAAUAUAUAAAAAAUUUAAUAUUCACAAGUUUAAAAUCAGAAUUUAGAAAUGGGAUUUAUAGAUAUGAAGAAAUUGUUAGAGUAGGAUGGAUGAUAAAAAAUGGUUAUACAGAAUUAUUAAAAUGUAAAGUUAUCAGAGGUGAACAAUUAAUAUUCAGUAGUAAUUCACCAGAAGAUGAUCAGCAAACCGAUUCAAACUCGAGAGGUGAUUUAAAUAAAACUUAUUUACCUAUAAAUUUAUCAAGAGAUAAAUUAGAUGCUAAAAAAUUUAAAAAAAUAAGAGUUUAUUAUAAAUCAUCAAUUUUCAAUGUUUUCAAAGAUGAUGAAGAAUUUUUUAAAAAUUUAUUUAAAAAUUAUAAAUUAUAUUUUCAAUUGCCACCAUUGUCAACAGAAAUUAAUGAUGAUGGUAUUAAAAAUAAAAAAUUAAAAUCAUUAAGAGAAAUUAAAUAUUUAUCAUUGGUUUAUGAUAAUGUUGCAUCGAUGAAAGUAAUUAAUGAAUAUUAUUAUUAUUCAAAUGGUAAAAAAUUAUCAUUUAACUUUUUUAAAAAUGCUAUUGCAAUUGGGUCAUUAAAAGUUGCACAAUAUAUUUUCAAUCAAUUAUUUAAAUCAAAUGAUGAUAUUACAGAAUCGCAAUUAAAUAGUAUAUGGUUUGAAACUGUAUUUUCACCUGAAAAUAUUUAUUUCACUAAAGAUAAUAAUAACUUUAAUGAAAAGAUUGAAUUUUUAAUUGAAAAGAUUAAAAUACCACAAUUUAUCAACGAAACACCAAAUGAAUCAUUAAAUUCAAAAAAUACAAAACUUUGUAUUCAACUUUAUGCAUUCUCUUAUCCUUUAUCUUCAAUUAUAGAUUUAUGUAAAACAAUUUUAAGGUUAAAUAAUUUAAAUUGUUUUAGUGAUUCAUAUAAACCAAAAUUAAAGUCAAUUUUGAAUGACGACAACAAUAGUAGUAAUAAAAAUAAUAAUAAUAAUGAUAAUAAUAAUAAUAAUAAUAAUAAUAAUAAUAAUAAUAAUAAUAAUAAUAAUAAUAAUAAUAAUAAUAAUAAUAAUGAUAAUAAAAAUAAUGAUAAUAAAAAUAAUAAUAAUAAUAAUAAUAAUAAUAAUAAUAAUAAUAAUAAUAAUAAUAAUAAUAAUAAUAAUAAAAAUAACAAUCCAUUUAUAUUACCUUCAAAGAAUGAUCAAAUGAAAAAUAAUCAAAACCAAGUAAUAAAAUAUAUAAAUGAAAUUAAAAGUUUUAAAAGUUUUAAAAAUCAAAAUGAACUAAAUGAAAUUUCAAAAUCAUUUACAAAACAAGAGUUAUCAACAACAAUUGGUGAAUUCAACCCAAAUGAUGAAAGAGUUAAAUCAAUUUAUGAAAUGGCAAUAAUACACAUUUUUAAAAAAGAAAGUAUAAUUGAAAAUUUUUUAUUUCAUAAAUUUAAAUACAAUAGCAAAAUGAUAUCAAAUGAAGAUUUAAAAUCACAACCUAGUUCAUGUCUUCAUCCAAAUAUGUUUGGUAUAUUUUAUCCUGAAAAAUUUUCUUCUUUUGGUAGAAUUGAAUACAAACAUCCAUUUCAAGAAGUACAAACUGGUAAAUUUUCAGAUAGUAAAUUUCGUUUUGUUAAAAAUCAAAAAGAAUUAAUUCAUCAAUAUUAUAAAGAUGCAAUCGAACAAAUUCCAGCUAUUUAUUCUGAAUCAAUUCCAAAUAUUAAAAUCGACUUAAUUAAAGAGGUCAUAUUAUCAGAUGAUAUCGAGUUGGUUAAGAUGGCAUUUGAGAGUCUUCCGCCAAUUUGUAAUACAUCAGUGAUUGAAUCAAUUAAAUCACCAUUGAUGUUUGAUUAUAUUAAAAAUCAACUUGAAAAACUUUCUGGACCAACUGUAAUUGAAAAAUCAUUUUGUUUUGGUCAAAUAAUUUCAAAUUAUAAAAUUGCAAACCAUUUUAAAAAUAAUUAUUAUCAACAAUAUACAUUAUUAUCUAGUCAAAAAAAUAUUUCAAUUUUAAAAUGUGAUAUUAAUUUUAUGAUUGAAAAUUUUAAUGAUUUCAAAAAUAAUAUUAAUUUAAAAAAAUAUAUUGACCAACAAUUUACAAGAAAACCAUAUAAAGAAAUUCAAGUAUCAACUUUAAACAAACUAAUAGAUUGUAUUGAAAAUAGUAAAAUUGAAAGUUUAAGAUAUAUUUAUCUAGAAGUUGAAAACAAAUAUCAUAUUUUAAAAAAUUAUCCCCAUAAAAUUAAAACUGAUGAUAAUGAAGGAUUAUUUACUUGCUAUUAUUUAAAUGGUCAAUUUGAUAAAAUGAAAGAAAUGAUAUUUUCAAACAAUGGAUAUAAUAGAUAUGGAAAUUUUGUUGAGAUUAAAACAGUUUUGGAAAUCGUUAAAAAAAAUGAUAUAUCAACAAUUGAAUUUUUAAUAAAUUCAAGACAACAACAACUAAAUGAACAAACACGACCAUAUGGACCUUUCUUUGAAUUAAUUGCAGUAACUAAAAAUGCUGCUCGAAUUUAUGGAAACCUUAAUAUUUAUAAAAAAUAUAAAGAUGAAAUUGCAACAAUCGGUUUUGAAGGUAUAUUCGAGACUUCUUUUCAAUAUGGAUAUAUUGACUUUAUUGAUUUUAUAAUUAAAGACUUAAAUUUUAAACCAAAUCUAGAAAUAUUUGAAGAAACUUUAAAAAACCAAUCAUCAUCUAAUAAUUAUACAUUAAUAUCUUACUUUGAAAAAGUAUUUGGAAAAGAAUUCAACUAA